GUAAAUCCGGCUCUGGUGAUACUUUAUCGAUUCCAGCGUCAUCCAAGUGUGCAUCAUAAAAAUGUUGUGGCCAUGUCUCUAGUAAAUGAAUAUGCUAGUUUAAGAUCAAAAAGCGCUGACCUACCACAGGCGUUAUGGUUUUAUCCGGAUGGAAGCGGACCCGGAAGACAUAGCGGCAAGUUGCACUACCAUAUUGAAUACAUGGUUAAGAAAAAUCACAAGCAAAUUCAUCGGUUAAGAAAUGAGCAUUCUGAGUUUGAAGAGACACACAGCGUUGUCAACGAUUCUUCGACAGGCGAGGAAUUACAUGACAUGAUUACUAAACUGAAGUUCAUUGUACCAUCGGAUGCCUCGUUCGACGUGAUUAAAACCGACUGGAGAAAGACAGUUGAAGCCCGAAAUGCUUUACGGAAACGAGAAAAACCAGAAGACUUGAUAGAGAAUAUGAUUGAAAAUUUUCCUUUAUUGUUUGCAUUUAAUGGCUCUUUGAUUAGCUUGGAUUUCGUACAUAUGUUCCCAGAGCUUAUUGAAAAUAAUAACAAGUGGAAUUUAUUACAGGAUACCAUUCUAACCAAGUUCAAACAUCUACACCCAACUGUUAACAACCAAUUCAUUCGAUCAUUGUUAAUUAUCAAAGAUAAAAAUCCAUCCCGUGGAGUUAAACGGGUCAAUAAAGGUUCGCAAAAGAUAACCAACCUAUUGGAAGGAAUUGUCGAGUGGAUAAAUCCGGAAGAUGAUAUUCAUAAAUACGUUGCGGAUUAUCGGAAUAUGAAAAAUCCAGUGAUGAUCAUUAAAGCACAACUAUACGCUGAGGGCGAUAGCUACAUCCGCAUCGGAAAACGUGCUUUUUCGAUUGGGUACGAAAUCGAGGAAGCGUUCAACACUUUGAUUAAAACUCACUAUUUUUUUAACUUGAAGUUUGAGCCGUCUCAUGCAAACUUUUUCUCUUUUUUCACGGGGACAGUUUUUAACGUGACCAAAUCAUCAACUACCGUAGCCGAUUUUAUCCUUCAAUUGAAUUCUUAAAUAAAUUUAAAGAAUGUUAUAAAAUGGAUCGAUAAUCAUUUUUUGUAAUUGAAAUAAAAUCUUCAGGAAUGCAUAGAUAACUGAUACCUCAACUUAUGUAGUAUUAGGCAAAAAAAUGCCACAUUAGUUCGUUGAUUGUAUCAACCUAUGCGUGGCUGAAAAAGUUUGUUAAA